AUGGAUGAAGACUAUUGCAUUGCCGCAUGUAAAAGUAAUAUUGAGCAACGAUCUGAUGCUAUUCAAGCAAGAAAUUCUCUUGGUAAAAAAAGUGACCAUCGGCAGCAGCUAAAUAUUAUCGUUCAUUGUCAACAUGGCCUGGAUCCUAAUUGUACCUGCGUAAAAACAUUUCGUGUUGAUAAAAAUUGCCCAUUGACAUACCAAGAGGCAUUAGUAGGUGCAGCAUCGUAUAGACGCAGCAUAAUUGAAAAUCAUACACGUGAACUGGAGUAUUAUUUGCUGUGUAAAAUCAUAAAACCUAAGCGUAACAAACAAGAUAAUUUCAUCAGGAAGUACGAAUCAAUAUAUGGUAGUCUUCUCUCGAAUUAUGUUUUCGAAACAGACCAAUCUGUUGCGCAUCUCAACAGAAAUAUUUCUUCAACCUAA